AUGAGUGAAUCCCAUGAAUCUCAAUCGCUCCUCAGAAGAUAUUGGGAAGGGUACAAAGAGUUCUGGGCUGAGAGAUUCCCAUCUCUCGACAAUUACUCGAAAUUUAUCGACUCCGGCAAGCCUCUGCCCCAUUGGGAUAGCUCUGUUGUCGAGGAGUUCGUCGCAUCUGAUCCCGUUCAUGGCCCUACUCUGAAAGCCACAAGAGAUGCAGCUAAGUUUGGUGUUAUCGGAGCUGCUGUUGGAGCAGUUUCAACUGGUGGACUUGCUUGGAAGUGGUCAAAGAGUCCUCAUGGGGCCUUUCUGUCAUUCGCGCUCGGGGGUGUCGUUGGGGCCACACUUGGACUGGAAGCGGCCGGCCAUUGGUAUCAACUGUAUAGGUUAGAUACAAAGGCUUCACAGGCAAAAUUCUACGAGUGGCUGCAGAAAAGGGCUUGA